UUUCUAUUACAAGACCUCCUCAACAACAACAACAUUAUAACAACAACAAAACAAAAACAAAAAAGAGCUACUCAACUUGAUUAGUCUGUAUAAUCUUAUACUAGUAUUAGAGACAAGUCAAUGAUCGAUACCUUUAUUAGCAUUUUUACACAAUAGUUGAUCCAUAUUUUUAUAUUUUAAAGUAAUUAGGGAUCACUUGGUCUUUUUUUUGAAUAUUUACGGUGUCAUUCAAAUUGUAGGAGAACAAGUCAUGUUACUUUUUAAGUAUUAUUAUAGUAUGGUUUAGCCACUACCGUACCAUAUUCUGAUAUUCACAUAUCUCUCUCUCUGCUGCCCCCGGCCCCGGCCCACACGACACGAAAUUAGAUUAUAGACUCAUUCUCCCUCCCCGUCGACACUUCAAGUGUAUAUAUAAGUACUAUAUUCCCUUUGCGAUGAGAUGAUCCGAUAUCAAAUAUUGCAAGCAAUGAGAUCUUUCAGCUUAGUCAUAUGUGUUCUCGUCUUGGCAAUGCUCAUUAUGUUGGCCGAAUCCUCCUACGGUGGUGGAAGCAAACGCUCUCCUCCUCCUCCUCCUCCUCCUCCAAUGGCUCCUUCUCCAUCACCAACAACUGCUCACUUUGGUGACCCCAAGACGCCUCCACCACCUCCAAACGCCGCCACUUGCCCGCAGUUAAUCACCUCUACGUUCAUUACUCUCUUGGCUUUCGUCCUCUGAUAUAUAUUUCCUUGUCUUUUGGUUGUACGUACGUGUGUGCUGAUCUCAAACAGCUAACCUAUAUGAAUCAAUAAUAACUGACACUUCAAUCAAUAUUCCCCAUUUAUUGUC